AUGUCUAGCAGCUCGAAAGAUGUCAAGCUCGCUGUUCCUGGUUCUCGUCCUUCAGCAUACAGUUAUUUCAACCCGAAGUGGCCUACUUUUCUGACUGCAGUCGCUGCUGCUUUCGCUUUGUAUAUUGUCUCAGGAUGGAGAAAAGGUCUGGUCACGCAGCUACCUCAGAGUUAUGCGUUAUGUGCGAGUAGGGGCAAGGGCACAAUCUAUACGGUGGACGAGAGUAAUCCGCAAGUCGAAUGCCUUCUGGUGCAAGGAGACAAGAUUAUGGACGCUGGUGACAAAGACAAGGUACGUGAGUCCUGGGCUGCUCUCAGUCUGGUGCACGCACCCGGAGACGAAGCUUCAUUGGCCGUUCUCGAAGUUCCCAAAGGUCACAUAGUAGUGCCCGGGUUGGCAGAUCCUCAUGCACAUAUACUGGAAUAUGGGUUUAAAAUGCAACUUCAACUGGAUGGAGCCAGAUCGCUACAGGAUAUCAUUGAUAUACUUGAAUCUUACGUCUUGGCCCAUCCCGACGUGCUUAAUGAUACUUCAAAAUGGAUAGAGGGCAUGGGCUGGGACCAGAACUUGUGGAAGGAUUGGCGGGGAGGCUUUCCUAUGGCCAAAGAUCUUGAUACGCCAUUGCUGCAAGGCCGUCCUAUCAGCAUCGCUCGCGUAGACGUGCACGCGACGUGGGUGUCCGAGAGGGUACUAGAUAUUAUGGGUGGCUUACCCGAACGCGUCGACGGCGGGGAGAUUAUUCGAGACCGUGAGGGGGACCCAACAGGUGUAUUUGUUGACAAUGCCAUGUCCCUUAUCCCUUCGCCUCCUCGAUCGGAUGCAGUCAUGUUGGAGUACUUUGACAGAGCUAUGCAGGAUGGAUUAUCCGUGGGCCUUACCAGCAUUCAUGACGCUGGUAACGACGCCCGAGUCGUCAGAUUCUAUGAGCACCUGGCGGAGCAAGGCCGUUUACCAAUGCGUCUGUACAUAAUGGGCAUGCUCGAAAACGCACAACUGAAAAUGCAACGCCGGGAGAAUUUUGGAAAGGAAGGAAGGCUGAAUGUCAGGGGCAUCAAGAUGUUCAUGGACGGAGCCUUAGGCUCUUGGGGAGCAGCAUUGAUAGAGCCGUACUCUGACAAGCCCGACACCAGCGGGCUCCUGCGUAUUGAUCCGCAAGAGAUGCGGCGCGACGUCAAGAACGCGUGGGAGCAGGGGUGGCAAGUAAACAUCCAUUGCAUAGGUGAUCGUGCUAACAAGAUUGCACUGGACAUUUUUGAAGAGGUGUUGCGAGAUGCGCAGGGCAAUGCCAGUGUUCGCAGACCUAGGAUCGAGCAUGCACAGAUCAUGCAAUCAAGUGACCUCGAGCGGACAGGAAAAUUAGGAGUUAUUGCUAGCGUCCAGCCUACGCAUGCGACAAGCGAUAUGUGGUACGCUGAAAGUCGAUUGGGCCCUGAACGGAUCAAGGGUGCCUACGCAUAUCAAACGCUGCUCCGGAACUCUCCCGAAGGCGUACUGCCACUAGGCUCCGACUUUCCUGUCGAGAGUAUCAACCCUUUGUUAGGUUUCUACGCCGCUGUCUCCAGGCUGGACCGCUCGGGCAGGAGCCCCCACGGAGAGAACGGAUGGUUUGCAAAGGAACGGUUAACCCGAGCGCAAGCGCUGAAAGGCAUGACGCUCGAUGCCGCGUACGCCUCAUUCGCGGAGCAUGACAUCGGGUCAUUGGCACCGGGGAAGAAGGCCGAUUUUGUCGUUCUAAACAAGGACAUCAUGUCGGUACCGGUCCACGAGAUCUUGACCACUCGAGUCGCAGCCACCGUGAUUGACGGUCGGAUAGCUUUCGGAGGCUUGUGAUUGUCGAGGUUCGGAGUGGGAGAUCUGGGACUAGCAUAACAGCGGCCGAGUCCAUCGUAGUGCCUUGCAAUGAACCAGAACGAAAUGAUGAUGGUACUUUUAUAAUGCC